AUGACUUCCAGAGUUCUAUCUCUGCCUCACGACUUCACGCCGACUAUCACAAGCUUUCAGAGUUCUAUCUCUGCCUCACGCCGACUAUCACAAGCUUUCAGAGUUCUAUCUCUGCCUCACGCCGACUAUCUCAGGUGGCGGCGGCGUGGGCUCUCGGUGAGGAAGCUUGGGAUGUUGGCAAAUGGAUCUCGCAUAGCUAGAGAGCUUGAUUUGGAGGAAUGGACUUCCAGGACUGAAACUGCUGAUGUGCUGCAUGAGCCAUCCUGUGCAUAUUUUGUAGAUGCAUUCAUACUGAUAUUGAUUGGCAUUGUGGCUGUUAAGUUGUCAGUUGCAAUUUGGACAAGAAGUCAUCAACAGGAUGAUGUCAAAAACUACAAGGCUAAAGUACCUAAAACGAAUGCAGACAUACAUGAUAUAAAUUCUGAUCUUGUCCUUGAAGACUUGAAAGAUGCUAGCACUGAUUUUGAAUUUUCAUUUCUGGCUAAAAUAGCCAUUGCACUGGGCAUAGCUGCAAUCGUCACAAUCGUCUCUAUUGGGGUGGAGCGGCCUGCUAUUGGUUCAUCUCUUGGAUUUCAGUUUCUUUCAGAUAGUUCAUCUCCUUCAGUAAUGGCCAUAGCACCUGUUGGCUUCACCUUUAAAGCUUUUGGUUACAGAAUAGCUCUGCCAGAAUAUGCUCCAGGGUGGAUUUACUUUUUGCUGCUUAUGGCUACUGCUUGUGGUCUUUUCAUCAGUGAAGAAGCUUUAAAUAUCUGGGUUGGCAUAUCUAUAGCAAGGAUGCUAACCUUGGAUGGGUCAUGGAAGUCUCUUGCUGAGUCCUUUUCUAGGAAUGCUGGAUACAUAACAUUGAUGAUUUUUUGGGUGUACUGGGGAGUGUGCAUUAGUGACUUGAUACCAUUUUAUUUUGGAAAGCUUUUCAAGCAGUCUGGGGCAUUUGAUGAUGUUUGUUCAAAGUUAGGGAUUGGAAAAGAGAAAGCUUUGAGCAUAACUCGUGUUGUUAAAAAAUAUGGAAAUCUCAUUGGUUUUGUUGAACGAUUUUCCGUUGGAGUAAGAAAUCCAACAGCAUUUUUGGCCGGGGCAUCAGGAAUAUCUGCUGAGUGUUUCUUUGUUGGAGUUUGUGGUGGUGGUUUGGUCACUCUUCCAAUUCAGUUCAAACAGCUGGGGAUAGGAUGCUUGAUGAGAGAGCGCCCAUUGUUUUCCCUUGCUACUUCCGCAACGGUUGUGGGAAUUUGGACUAUAUUUCCUUAUACGGUGGCUGCUUCAACAACAUUAUUCCUUUACCUGCAAUGCCGGUACUCUAGCUAGACAAAACCUUAUACAAAUUUUUGGACUUCCUUUAAUAUAGACAAAAGAUAUCAUGAUAUAGAAUACAAAGAAAAUCAACCAUGGUUUAUAUCUUUGG